AUGGUCCCUUGGCCUAGUUGGUUAAGGCGUGGUGCUAAUAACACCAAGAUCAGCAGUUCGAUCCUGCUAGGGACCAUUAUUUUUUGUGUUCAAUUUUGCUGA